AGUAUCAAAAUAACAAUGUAGUACUUCAUCAUGGCUGCACUUAAUGCAACAUUUGCCUGUAUUGUUUUUCUCCUCCUCUUGUUCUCUUCAACUAAUAAUUGUGAAGCUAAGUGCUUCAAAUCUAUUAUCAGUUUUGGAGAUUCACUUACAGAUACUGGAAAUUUAAUUCAUCUAUCAGAAAAUUCCAAUUAUAAACAACAGCAAAUAGUGCAGUGUGGAUCGUUACCCUAUGGAGAAACUUUCUUUCAUCGCCCAACUGGGCGAUGUUCUGAUGGUCGCCUUGUUAUCGAUUUUCUUGCUGAGAGUUUAGGGCUUCCACUGGUUCCCCCUUACAUUGGUAGAAAAAAUGUUGGCAGCAGAAAUUUUAGAGAAGGGGUGAAUUUUGCAGUUGCUGGGGCCACAGCUCUUAAUCACUCACUUUUGGAAGAACUUGGAAUUUACAACCCUCAAACUAAUGUCUCUUUAGGAACUCAAUUGAGAUGGUUCAAAGAAAUGUUGUCCUCUCUUUGCCAAUCAUCCUCAGAAUGCAAAGAUUUUCUGAAAAGUUCGCUUAUUCUGUUUGGAGAAAUUGGAGGAAAUGAUUAUAAUUUUCCCUUAUUAGGUGGAAUGCCCAUACAAAUGGUUCAAUCAAUGGUACCUCUAGUUAUUAAUAACAUCGGCCAGAUUAUUAAUGAAGUCAUCGAACUUGGAGCUGAAACACUUAUAGUUCCUGGAAAUUUACCAUUAGGAUGUUUACCAGCCUAUUUGGAUCGUUUUAUGAGUACUAAUAAAAAUGAUUAUUAUGAUCCAAACACUGGUUGCAUUAAUUGGCUAAAUGAGUUUUCUGAGUACCAUAAUGUGAUGCUUCAAGUUGAACUCAAUCGUCUUCAACAACUUCAUCCUCAUGCCACAAUUAUUUAUGGAGAUUACUACAAUGCAUUGAUGCAACUUUACCUUUCUCCCCAAAAAUAUGGAUUCAAAAGUGCUAUUGUGGCUUGUUGUGGAGGAAAGGGUCCAUACCAAGUUGAUAUUUCUACACAAUGUGGCGACUCCUCUGCAAAUGUUUGUGAUGAUCCAUCAACAUUUGUUAGCUGGGAUGGUAUACACUCAACAGAGACUGCAUAUAAAUGGAUGGCCCAAAGCCUAAUUAGUGGCCCAUUUGCCAUUCCUCACAUCAAUGAAUUAUGCACCUUUAAAGUUUAUACAACAUAAAAACAGCGUUUACUGAUCUUUUUUCGGUCCUGUUAAAGCUUUAUUAUAAUGAUUAUUUUUCAAUGA